AUGGAGGGCCCAAACGGCCAUGGAUCAGCAAUAAUAACAUCACUAAGGUCAUUUGAUCGAGAGGAAAAGAAAGAAUAUUUCAUACCAAUACUAGUGACAGAUUCUGGUUACCCACCACUGACAGGAACAACUACUGUAAGAAUUGUUGUUGCUGAUAUCAAUGACAAUAAAAUGAAACCUGGGAGAAAAAAUAUACAAGUUUACAAAUACCAGUGCGUGUUAAUAUGUUUCCACACUGAUAUAAAGGAUCAAACUCCAGAAACAGAUAUUGGAAGGAUAUAUGUUCAAGAUCCAGAUGACUGGGAUUUACCGGACAAGAAAUUCUACUGGCUGGCAGAUGAACAUCAUAGAUUUAAAGUUAAUGAAGCCUCAGGAAUGAUUACAAUGAAAUACAACACACCAGAAGGGAUAUACAAUUUGGCAUUCAGAGUAUCUGAUCACAGACAUUCACAAAACAAUGUUUCAGCAACUGUGACUGUUACUGUGAAACAGAUUCCCGUUGAUGCCAUAAUCAGUUGUGGUUCUGUAAGAAUUUCACAUCUUUCUGAUGAAGACUUCAUCAAGAAAUGGAACAACAUGGAAAGCAAGGCAGAACGAUUUAAGCAAGCCUUGUCAGAAGUUCUGAAUACUGAAAAGAAAAAUCUUGACAUAUUCAGUGUAAGGCAACAUAGAAGAACAAUACCUAUGUUGGACAUCUUCUUUUCUGUAAAAGAUUCAAGAUACGACAACCCUGAAAAGAUAAAUGGGCUACUUCAAGUACAUAAAGCAAAGAUAGAAAGGACAACUGAUCUCAACUUGGUUGUGGCUGGAAUACACUACUGCUUCAUUGAUAAAAUAAAAUGCCAAGGACCAUGCAUUGACAGAUACAGGAUAAACAGUGAACCAAUCUUAGUAGAUGCAAACAUGACCUCUUUAGUAGGAAUUUCAGUAAAUAUUACACCAGAAUGUGACUCAUCUAUACAAAACUUGGCUACGAUUGAUAGAUGUCAUGAGAAUCAUUGUUUUAAUGGUGGCCAGUGUUUUCAGAAAGGAAAAUUUAUAAGGUGUUCUUGCCCAGAUGGAUACGAGGGGCCACGUUGCCAACAGAUGGGAAUAAGUUUCCAAGGUGAUGGCUGGGCUUGGUUUCAGGCAAUUCAUCCACAAGCUGAAAAUCACAUUAGUCUUGAAUUCCUUACAAAUAAAGAUCAUGGUUUACUAUUUUACAAUGGCCCAUUGUCUUCUGUCAUAAUAGAUGAAGUUAUUAUGUCAGACUAUAUUGCGCUGGAGCUACAAGAUGGUAAACCAAGACUACUCUUUCAUUUUGGAUACAGUACUACCGAGUUAUUUAUAAAAGUAAAGAAAAAGUUGAAUGAUGGAAUGUGGCACCAAAUGGAUUUAUUCUGGAAUUCAGAGGUAUAG